CAAUCGCGGACGGAAGUUCAGAACAAAAACUUCAGAAAAGUCUGAUAAGGCUUUAUAACUCAGGGCUGUAGCAAUCAUAAGAAAUACGGCUGCACGAGACCGAACACUGUAAAAAUGAUCUGAGAAGUAUGAUUAGCCGGAUGAAAGGCGACAUCGCUCAAGUUGGACGGAAAGUUGAAAUGCCUGUCAGUCAUCACGCCCGCAGGCUCUGAUUGGCUGACACCAUGACGUCAGAAUUCAGCAUCGAUGAUGCGUUUGCCUUGGAGGGAGAGGACGAAGUCGAGCACAACAAGGAGAGAGAAGCAGGAGAUGGCGGCUCCAUGAGCUUUGGCCCCCUGUCCUUCUCCAAACCUCAGGGUCUCCCUGUUGCUGUGGCGGGCACCCCGGACCACAGCUCCCUGAAGUACCAGAACUUGGAGAACGAGGAUGCCCUGGGCAGUAACGGCAAUUCAUCUUUCAAUAACUUCUUCAAGAUCAGUGAUCCAGCCACACUGUCCUAUUGCAGCUCCCAGUGGUCCUUCAGCACCUUGAGUUCUGUCACCCAGCUCUCCGCCCACUGCUGCAGCUGGACCUCUCAUCCUCUUGUGAAGAAGAACAGGAGAGUGGUUCUGGCCUCCUUCCUACUGCUCAUCAUCGGAGUGGCCCUCAUUUUCACAGGCAUCGUCAUACAGCUGAAUCCACAUGCAGGUGUCUCCAGUGCCAUAUUUUUUGUGCCUGGCUUUCUGCUGUUUAUUCCAGGAGUGUACCACGUGAUCUACAUCACCUGUGCUCUGCGUGGACGCCGAGGCUUCAGAUUCUUCUAUCUGCCAUAUUUCGAGAAGUGAACUGUCCUCCUCACCUCUGAGGCAACAGCGAGAAGAUGAAUUUUGGGCUGUUUUUUUUUAAUUUGAUUUAGCCUUUGCUGCAUUUCCCAGCUUGUAAGUACUGACCACUACUAACUCCUGACCACUGAAACUGAUGAACUUCCAGACUUGACUAUGUAAAAAGAGGACUUUGUCUUGGUUUUGUUUCAUGUGAUUUAAUUAACUGUGACACUACAAUAAAUCUGUUUAUAUAUA